GCUGAAUACUCUUCCUACUUGCAUGGUUGGGCAUAGCAUGUAUGGCUACCUAGUGUGGAGUAUAUAUGCAGCCAAAACUGACGUGUUCGCCAUAAAGGCCGGUCAGGCACGUCGAAGUAUAUACGAGUCUAUUUUGCCCGUGGUGGUUCUUACGCCAGAUUUUGGUCUAUUCCUUCAGUUUUGUCUUGUCAUUUCAGUUUCCACAAUGUGCGAGGCGACCGCAAAGCAUGACUUUAAUGGGCAGGAGGAAAGCGAAUUGUCUUUCAAGAAAAACAGCAUCCUGAAAAUCCUUACAUUCGAACACGAGGGCUGGUAUAAGGCUGAACAGGAUUGCAGGGAAGGCAUGAUACCAGCAAAUUACGUCCAAUUAAAACCUAACCAGUUCAUGGUAAAGGUUACACGAGACGGGGCCGAAGAACUACUGAAGAAUGACGGGGACGGCGCAUUUCUCAUCCGGGAAAGUGAAGGCACACCGGGCGACUACAGCCUAUCCGUCAAGUUUGUGGAUGGUGUGCAGCAUUUCAAGGUCUUGAGAGACGGGGCUGGCAAGUACUUCCUCUGGGUCGUCAAAUUCAAUUCUCUGAAUCAAUUGGUAGAGUACCACAGAACCUCAUCUGUAAGCCGCAGCCAAACUAUAUAUCUCAAAGACAGAAAGUCUGAAUCUAUCCAUUUAGUGCUAGCCUUGUAUGAUUUUACUGCUGGGGAAGAAGGCGAACUCUCAUUCAAAAAGGGAGACAGAAUUGAGGUUAUCAACGAAACUGACCCCAACUGGUGGACCGGCAAACUGGUGGCGACCGAAUCGCAGGGCCUGUUUCCCAGCACAUAUACCAAAGAGAUCACAGAAUAAACGGUAGCAACACAUGAGAUCAGAUUUCGGAGUAAAGAGUUCCAUACAAGGACAAUAAUUGACACCCUAUGCACAAACCCUUCGAUACUGCUCUAAACAAUUUGGUGUUUUCUUAGUAAAUGCUUCGAUGUUUCACUGCUAAAUUCUACUUCUUAGGAUAUGUCAUUGCUUUACAUGGCUUGUAUGUCUCUAUAGGGAAAAUAAGCGUUAUUCGUGUAUGGAACUCUUCCCAUAUCAUUUUUGCGUUUCUAUGUAAACUAUAUCAUGCCUGUUUUCGUUUGGCCCAAAUGGUUGAAAUAAAAUGAACUUCAUUAGAAAA